CGGGGCUUGGCGGCGGCGCCGGUUUGAAGUUGGCUGGGCCCGAUGUGGUCGGUGGGGCGGUGGCGGCCCCCUUCUCCACCUCCGUGCCCGGACUUCUUCACCGACUUCGGGCCCAGGUCUCGGCCCGCUUCCAGAUCACUCACGGUCCUGACACCGGACUCGCUGGGGCGGGCACUGGAAGCGGUGACGACGUCUGAGCGCUCGCCGCCGCCGCUGCCUCUCAGCUGCAGCAAUUCGACCUGGUCCCUGCUGUCUCCCCUCGGCCACCAUAGCUUCGUGUUUGACGAGGAGGACGGCGACGGGGAGGAUGAGGAGGCCGUGGAUGGAGAGGCCUGUGACCCACCGGCCCAGGUGGAAAGCCUGAGAGGAUUGGAUUUACAGGGGUGCGCCAGCAGUGAAGUUAAAUCAGAAGAUAACCGAGAAGAGCAGAAACAGGUGCACUUACCAGAAAGCAGACUGACACCAUGGGAGGUUUGGUUUGUUGGCAAAGAAAAAGAAGAACGUGACCGGCUGCAGCAGAAAGCUUUAGAGGAAUUGAAUGAAAAACUAGCAAAAAGAAAAGAAAUGGAAGAACGUGAAAAAAGAAAGAUAAUUGCUGAAGAAAAGCACAAGGAAUGGGUUCAGAAAAAGAAUAAACAGAAAAGGAAAGAAAAGGAACAAAAACUCAAUAAAGAAAUGGAAGAAAAAGCAGCAAAGAAACUGGAGAAAGAAUAUUUGCAAGAAAAAGCAAAAGAGAAAUAUCAAGAAUGGUUAAAGAAAAAAAACGCUGAAGAAUGUGAGAAGAAGAAGAAAGAGAAGGAAAAAGAAAAACAACGGCAAGCUGAAUUACAGGAGAAAAAGGAAAUUGCAGAAAAAAAAUUUAAGGAAUGGUUGGAAAAUGCAAAAAAUAAACCUCGUCCAGCUGCAAAGAGCUAUGGUUAUUCCAGUGGGAAACUUACAGGUUUUUACAGUGGAAAUUCCUACCCAGAGCCAGCCUUCUGUAAUCCAAUACCAUGGAAACCUAUUCCUAUGCCUCCUUCCAAAGAAGCUAAGGAGCUAUCAGGAAAGAAGAAUAAACGACCUGUAACAAGUCAGCCACCCAGGUCACCGGCUCUGGUAAUUCACAAAGCCAGAAACAACCUUUGUCUUGGAACUCUGUGCAAAAUACAAAGAUAGUAUAUGUCGAAAAUAGCAUUUUUUGUUGUUUUUGUUGGAGCUACUUAAUUUUUAAAAUCAGAAAUUGUUUGUUUUUAUAUGGCUCAAUCAGUAAGUCAGCAUUUGAUGUUAUCAUUAAAUACCAUUUUUUAAAAUUUGUAUGUGAAGUCCUUAGAGCUAAUGAGGAAGAUGUUUUCUACCUUUUGAUUUUGAUAAAGCUUUUAAAGUUGAUCUUGGCAUGUUGUUUUACAGGAUAGAUGACUGAGUAACAAUUGUGUUUAUGUUUAAUUUUUAUUAAAAUUAUACUAUAAUGCCAAUAAACAAACAGUUUUUUGUUUGUUCUCUA